UCUGUUGUUUUAUUUGAUCAUCCCAGGAAAUCAAGUGAAAGAGAAAAGCUUUUUUUUAAUGGAAAUCCUUUCAAGCAAAUGGAUAUCUGAACUGGAAAUGGAGGAUCGCACUUUUUUCCCACAAUUUUCUAUCGUCGACUAUUCAUUUGACGACACAAAUUUCCAAUCCUUUUCUUCUGAGAGCUAUUCGUCUUAUCAAAAUAUAGACCAGAAAAUCUCUCAAAACGAUGUUUCAUGCAAUAGUAUUGAAGGUUAUCGUCAAGUGGAAGAUGAGUUCAAAAGGCCAACGAAACAACCUAAGACCAACAACUGGGGCUUUUCCAUGAGCGAAAACAUCCUACAAAAGGCUUCUUCUUCUUCUUCCCCAUCUUCCCAAAUAAUCUCUUUCAACAACUCAAAUUCACCUCCUGCUGUCUCUCAGCAACACUACGGUCUAGACUGCGGUGUGAAACCAAAAAGGGUAGUGGGUUCAUUGACCAGAACUCCAUUACAUGCUCAAGAUCAUGUUAUUGCCGAAAGGAAACGCCGUGAAAAGCUCAGCCAGAGGUUCAUCUCACUUUCAGCGCUCAUUCCUAGCCUGAAAAAGACGGAUAGGACUUCUGUUCUUGGAGAUGCUAUCAAGUACCUGAAACAGCUCCAAGAGAAAGUGAAAACACUCGAGGAACAAGCUGCUAAGAAAGCAGUGGAAUCAGUGAUCUUCGUGAAGAAAACCCAAAUUUAUGCAGACGAUGAGACAUCUUCAUCUGAUGAGAACUUUGAUAUUCAAUCUAAUAAGCCCUUCCCUGAGAUCGAAGCAAGAGUUUCAGACAAAGAUGUGCUGAUUAGAAUCCACUGCGAGAAGAACAAAGGGUUCAUCUCCAACAUCCUAAACGAAGUCGAAAAGCUUCAUCUCUCUGUGCUCAAUACCAAUGUAUUACCUUUCGGACAAGCCACUCUUAACAUAACCAUUGUUGCUCAGAUGGAAGCUGAGUUUUCGAUGACAGUGAAGGAUCUCUUGAAAUGCCUACGACUGGCUUUUCUUAAGUUCAUCUGAUAUGAACAACUGCAAAACAAGAUUGGAACUAGGAAUAAGGUCUACACAGAGCUCUUUUUACAUUUUUUUUGGAUCAGUGAUGAUUUUAUAUAGUUUGGUGUUUUUUACCUCAAACCUUAAAGAGAGAAACAGUAGCCAGUGACCUGCAAUUAUAUUCAAUAGCUCGGAGGAUCAAGGUUUU